CCGUUCCUGUCCAUCCCGCGAUCCCCACAGGCACCCCAGAGCCGCCAAGUCUCCUUCACCAGGACAGAGACCGACAACGACAGCGUCCCCAGCUACGAGAACGAGGAGCGACCCCGUGGGGAUGAGGACGACGACAAUGACUAUAACAACGAGCUCUACAUCACCGGCUACGUGGAGGUGCUUCCCGACAGCAUCACGGAGACAUCCCCCAAAGAGGUGGUCACCUCGAGGCCAGAGCUCAGGGACAGCGUGUCCUCAGUGGCAAUGGGGGAUGAGUACGAGAACGUGCCGGAGGCCCAGAGGGAGUCGCUGGCUGACAGCCUGGAGUACGUCAACAUGCCAGAGCCUGGAUCCAGCAUCCCUGACGCCCACUAUGGCGCCAGCAACCGGGAGAGCGAGGACGAUGGCCCCGACUACGAGAACCUGCACCGCUGAGCGCGAGGCAGACCCCCAGCUCUGGAGAGCGACACCCCUGCCCCCCUGCAGGGAACCUGCCUUCGAGGAGCAAACGAACAGCUGGAUGAGCCUCCAGGAACCUCGCCACAGGGGGGCCCGAGAAACCCCCCGGCUGGCCACACCUCUGCA